CCUCUAUUUCUGCUCGACUCGCGUUGCCGUCUUUCGUCAGUCGUCUUUGGUGCGUCGCGCGAUACGUAGGUAACGUUUCACGAAACGUGAUCCCGCGGUGCGUCACAGCAUCCGCGACGCUCGGAUAAACAAAUUGUGAAAUCGACGUAGGAUUCUGCGUGCGAAUCGCGCUUGACGACGAGGUUCUCGCCCCCGCGUCGCAAAACGUCAUAUCACCGAGACGAGAUAGCACGCAUUAUUCAUCGUUGAUAGAAACGGAGAGACGGAGAGAGACUACAUCCCUUUUGUGAGGUCGUCGGCAGGAAGCUGAAAGCUACCGAUUUCCAAAAACUUGAGAUAAGGACACUACCCACGUCGGUUGUCUGUUAUCUACGUCGCGUUAUCGCAAAUCGUUUGAAACUGACGUGAACAUCGCCAGCUCGAAUGAGCCUCGUUUUAGCGCGAUGAACGAUCGAGAUCCUCGACGAGAUUCGAUAACGCGACCGUGGAAUUAUUAUCUGACGCGUCAUCUUUAAGCGAGAGUUAACUCCAUUGAUCGGUCCAGCUACGCAGAGGAGCAUAGUACGUUCGCGCUAACGUCACCGCCCACAUGAGAGCGGGACCUGGGGGUCUUUCGGAUUUUUUUUAACCGUGGCCAUGCUUUUAUUUCGCGAAAACGCGAGUGCAACCCCGAGGAUUAUUAAGGACGAAGAUUCAUCGUUGUUCGCGAGGACCUGAUCUCUCGAGGAUACUGUUAUAAUUAUCGUUUGCGUUGUUUUAAGAGGGACAGCAUUGAUAUCGUUGGAUUCUAGAAUUUCAUCGUGAAGAUAAAAACUGUGUUUCUUGACAACAGAUCGAUUUGUCGAGGGCUAGCGGAGUUUGUGAACGAAUCACGUGUUUUCAUCUCGCGAUUGUGUUGUCAAAAAAGCCAGAAUCGUUGCGGGAUGCUUCUCGGCGGUUGUAGAUAUUCGACCCAGAAUCAAAAUGUGCCGUCCACGAGGGCCAGCGCCUGGGGUUCUUACAAUCCUUUCCGAAAUACCAAUAAUAUGCCAUUGCAGGACAUCACAAUGAGUCAAACUAUGCCAUUGACAAAUGGUGGAAACACGCGAGCAUAUGGUGAAAAUAUUCCCGAGGACAGUGCGACGAUGGCGCGAUCGGGAGGUAGUGGAGGGGGAGGCACCGGGGGUGGUAGUAGUGGUGGAGUGAGUUACGGUAGGACUAUGAAAGAAUACGAGGAUGAGUUGAGCAGCUUAAAGAAGGAAAAUUUUCAACUAAAAUUGCGAAUUUAUUUCCUGGAGGAAAAAAAUCCUACAAGAAGUGGCAUCAGCUCUUCUGAUGAAGAUAUAAUCAAGACGAACGUAGAAUUAAAGGACGAGUUGGAAAAACUAAGGAAGGAAUUAAUGGAAAAGCAAGUUCUUCUCAAUCAAGCAGCCACAGCUUUUAAAUUAUAUGAGGAGCAAAAAGCAUCGACUCGAGAGCAAUAUCAACAGUUACUUGAAACAGAGCGAGAAAAAGUAGCCAAGCUUGAAAGAGAAGCAGAACAGCGUGAAGGGGAUUUAGAUGCAUCCACGUAUUACAAAGAAACAUUCGGUAUUACUCCGGAACAGGCGUUGAAAAAUGCGGAAAAAUUGAGGCAGAUGGAAGAACUAGUGGCUUCUCUCGAAGCAGAGGUGAAACAGACAACCGUCACUUUGGAAGAGGAACGCUACUGGGCGGAAGAACUUGAGAACGAAAGGGAUCAGUUCAGAGAACAGCUGGAUAUGCAGACGCAACUGCGAGAGAAGCAGGACUGUGAUCGAGUACAAAGCAUUGAGAAACUGCGCGAAGAAGUAAAGGAGUUAAAGGAGGAAUUACUUAAGAAGGAUUCCGUUGCACAACAAUGCAAAGACGAUCUCAGUGAACGAGACAGACUUUUAAAACAGAAAAAUUCGCUGUUGGAGGAAAAGAAUCGCAUGUAUGAGGAGAUCAAGCAAGUAUCCGAAAAAAGGAAAAAGCAGAUUAUUCAAUUGAGGACAUCUGUGAAAACUCGCGAUGACGCCCUCGCAGAAAUUAACAAUAAGCAUCGUACGCUAUUAUCACAGUGUGAAAACUAUGGUAAGCGUUCGCCGCCUAAUAGUCCUUCGGCUGUAACUCCGCUGGGAACCAUCGAUUUACCGCUGUUUGUGGGGCAGAACAUAACUAAAUAUAAUGCUUAUGAUCACGAAUCGAAUACAAAAGAAAACACAGCGAGUUUGAAUUCAUCUUUAGGCGGAGAUGGCAACGAGAUUAGGCAAUUGAUCAAGGAAUUGGAAGAGCGGGAUAACGAAUUAAAACGGCAAGAGGAAACCAGAAAACAAAUGAUAUUAAAAUUAUGCAAUGCUCAGAAGCAGAUGGAAAUUUCAGAACAGAAAUUGAAAAAACUAGAAGGCGAGUACGAGAAAGCGAUUAGGGCGAUACAAGGUUUCGUUGAACGCGAGCAACAAAUUCAAGAUAUAUAUUCUCGUAAAGAACAAAGGAUCCUGGAACUGGAAACGGAAUUGCGUAAAAGAAGAAACAGUCACGAUCCCGUUUCCUUGAAGGAUCUCGACGUCAAGAAUACGAGCAACUCCGAAAAUGAUUCCAGCAAACAGCAACGUUUUGAAGAAAUGGAAAGCAAGAUUAAUGACCUGCGGGACCAAAUCGAGACAAUAAAAGCUGAAAAAAGUCUCUUGGAAAAACAGGAGGAACAGACGCAAAUUCAGUUUGAGGAACUUGAGGAACGUUUUCAGGAUAAGGUGCAAAGAAUUGAGAUUCUGGAGACAGAGAAGCAGAUUAUUACGAAAGAGUUGAAAGAUAAAAUCGCCGAACUCGAUAAGCUGAAACAUGUCGAGAUGAAUAGUGUUAAUGAAGUCACUACUACCGAUUGUCACAAUGAUACUCCGCGAAGGGAUGAAUUACUCGAGCAGUUGGAUCAACGAAACGUCGAGAUUGAGGAGAAAAACCGCAAGAUUGAACAGCUGACGAAGGAGUUGCAGAUGACGACUCAGAAUCUUCAAAAACUGGUCAAUACAGAGCUCUGGAGCAAAAAUAAGGAAAUUGCCAAAUUACACAACCACAUGACAGCAUCAUACGGCCAUGAUAGGAGUCGUAAUAAAUCUGAAACCGUCCAGGAAGUCGAUAAUUCACAGCUGACAAAUUUAAUUCGCGAGCUGAACGAAAUCGGUAUCAAAGUAAACAUUGCAGACGAAACUGUCCAACUUAAUUACAUCAACGGGAAUGAAACAGUGAAUAUAAAGACGUUAGGCGAAUACGUUCAGAGAUUGUCGAGUCAGCGAAACGAUCUAGAAAAGGAAGUGGACUACUUGAAAUGGCUGAAACUCGUAGCGAAGCCCGAUAUCGCUGCGGAAAUCGAUGGUUGUGGCAACGAAACGGAGCGGGCGAAAAAAUACUGCGAGCUGCUGCGUACACAUCUCAAGGAUCUAGUGAAAUUCAUGAAAGAGAUGCUGCAGAGCGCUGAUCGCGCGGACACUAUUGGUAACGAACACAAGAAGAUUGUGCUAGAUGUUCUACUUAGCUCCAAGAUACUGUCGAACGAUUUCGUGCGCGCUCUGGAAGGCAUGACCGUGCAGGACAAUGUGGCAGCGAAUGACAGAACGGAUGGUUCCGUGAGAAGAAGUCGAUCCGAAAAUAUUGCGGAGACAGCGAAGAAUCAGGCUUCGCAGUCAGAUUCUGAGACGUUUUCUGAACCCGAUCGAACCGUUUCUAUGGCUAGAAUUGGUCUGCAGGAAAUGCAAUACAAGAAUCCGAGCCGUUCCAGAUUUACAAAGUACACGAAGGCCUGCAGCGAUUCUGAAGACUCCGCAGACUAUGUGCCUUACUACAAGACUUAUCAAAACGAUCUAAAUGAUUUGGACACGAGUUACCAAAUACAAGAACUAAAAGAAACGAAUAACAUGCUGUAUUCUGAACUUAGCGCUCUAAGGAAUGAUCUAGUUACAAAAGUCUCUUCCGAUUGUGCAAUUGAUGAGAAGUUAACUCUAUUCAUUACAAAAUUGGAGAAAUCUCAAAAGUUCUGUGAAAAGUUACAAGCUUCCUUGGAAAAAAGAAUACACGAGUUUCAUGUGUUAAGAAAGGAAAGCAAACAGAAUAGCUUUCGCAAAACGCAAAUGGAGAAAAAGAUCAAUGACGUUGAGCAAAUGGCAAACGAGAUGACAAAACAGAAAGCUGAAUUUUUGCAAUAUAAGGAAAACGAGAAAAAGAACACAGAAACUCUAUUAAUUCUUAACAAGGAAAACGAAUCGAUGCGAGUAGGAAUUAAACGGCUGGAAGAAGAAAACGAAACUGCCAAAACUACCAUAUCCACUUUAAGGAAAGAUCUAGAUCAUCUCACCCUUUCGCACAGUCAGAUACUCGUGGAGAAUACAAAGUUGACAAAUGACAAAUUAAGACUUGAGCAAGAAAUAAGAAAAAUGGAGAAUCGGUAUGACGUGACUGUUCGAUCACUACACGAUAAAUUCAGCAAAGAGAUAUUUGAUCUCAAUCAGAUUAAUGAUUCGCACCAAGCAAGAGUGCAAGAACUCGAAGCAACGAAUAAAGAGUUCAGAAGACACAUGGCAGUGUGCGAGGCUAGCGAUUCGGCACCGAGCUCGAGCGGCGUGUCGUCUAUACCCACAGACACCACGCUCAAGCAAACCUGCGAUAUUCUACAUAAAUAUCAAUCUUACAACAAUUUGCAACACUGGCAAUCGACAAAUUAUUAUACGCUUGGUGGACGUAGUAAGUCCAGCUGUUCGCCAGAUUUAGGAAUAGAAAGUGAUGCUGCAGUUACCACAAUAAGGCCUUUAAAAGACACAUUAAAGAUCACAGAAUCUAUGACUAACUUAUUAAGCGAUGAAGAUAGUGGGAAUGGUAAUCACAGAGCUCGAGAUACAAACAGUGAAAGUCCAUUACCAAUAGAAGGUCUUGAUGAGGUAGAAACUUUGAAACAAGAGAAUGAAGCGUUAAAACGAAAACUGAUGAAAACUAGGAGAGCGCUAGAGGACACAUUUGAGCACCUAUCAACUUCAAACAAGAAUAAAAAAAAUGUUGAAAAGGCAAUAAUAAAGCAGCUCAUGAUUACUAGAAAUGUCCUGAAAAAAACGAGGACAUUUGAUGAACCUUCAGACAAUUAAUAGAGAUUGCAGACUGACAGAUUGAGAAAUAUUGCAUAAAGAACAAAAAAAAAUAAGUAUAAUUGUUACUUGUUGAAUUGUGUUCUCGUAGAUUAGCUAUUUAUUCAUGCAAAUGUAAUAUCGUGUUUUAUCUGUUUCUCAUUUAUCUCUUCUCAUUUUGAUGAGGUGAGAGAACGAUCAAUACAUAUCGGUACAAAAGAUUACGAUAUUCCUAGAUAUAUUACAAAAUUUCUAAACGAAAAGAUUUCUAAGUGAGGAAUAUUUUCAUACAAACGAAACAUGCUAUUUUCAUUACAAAAAAAAAUAUAUAUAUUUAUAUAUAUAAACGAAAAAGAUACUGUAUAUUGAGAUUUGUAUAUAUUUUAUAUAGAUGUAAUGAGAAAGAGGCAUUUUUGUAGAUUUUCUUUCCAUAGAAAAAGCUCUAAAUGCUGAUGAUUGCGCAAAUCGCAUCAGCCUUAAAGUCAGUCUUCGUUCAUUGACGUAUUUUGCUUUAUGAAUAACAGAAAUACGCGUAUGUGUGUAUAUAUAUAUAAUUACUGCAUGUGUGUAUCAUUAUGUAGCAUCUGUACAUAAUACCACCACUUAAUAAAGUGCCAUUGAUAUUUAAGAAUUUGUGUACCAAUCACACAUGCGUAUUCAUGAUACAUACAUGGAAUGUGACACGGAUAGUUAAUUACGUUAAUUUAAAUGUCUCGAAUUUUUGUUUUAUAUUUUUCUUUGCCCUUCGUAUUUUAUCAUCUCCAAGUAAUUUAAUUUCACAUUUAAUAUAUCACGAUAUAUCUUGGAGUGUGGAAAUAAAGCCACGCAUGACGUAAGAUUA